AUGAUCAAUUCUUCUCCACUGUGCGACAAAUGCAAAGUCGACGAUGAGACCACCGAAGCCACUCAUCAUUGUCCAACCUGUCAAUUAAAUUAUUGUGCUUUGCAUUUGCAAUUUCACAAUCAAGCAACCAAAACGAAGGAUCACUCUUCACAAGUGAAAUCUUUAAAUUCCAAACUCUGUGAUUUUUGUCGUCGUGAAUGGAAAGAAGAAAUACAAGCCCAUUACGAAUGUUCGGAAUGUCAAGUCACGAUGUGUGAUAUUCACAAGACUCUUCACAAUUCCUUGAAAUCUCGUUCCAUUCAUUCCAAUUUGGUCAAAAUGAUCGGAAGUAAUCAAAUGCCGUUCAGUAAUCAAUUCAAAUUGUCUGAAAUGUUGGGUGAUCAUGAAGAUGUGAUUUUUAACUUUAGAAAUCCAUCUGCCAUUGAAGUCGACACUAAGAAUUCGAAUAUUUAUGUCAUUGACACGAAGGCCAAUGACAUUGUUGUGGUCUAUGUGUUUGAUUUACAAUCCAAAAAACUCAAAAAUACCUUUGAAUUGAAUGAAGGACACAGAUAUUACAUUACCACUCUUGCUGUCGAUCCAAAUGACAAUGCAUUGCUUUACAUUUAUGAUGGAAGUGUGGUCAAAAUCUCCAACGAUGGUUCCACUACAUUUUGGAAAGUCUUUAUUGAUGGAAAUGCCAGCAAUUUGUGUGUUCAUCCAAGUGAUUCCACUGUUUAUGUUCUCUCUCAAUAUGGUAAACAUGUCGUUACCGUCUUGUCAGGAGAAGAUGGAUCUGUAUUGAGAGAAAUUGGUGAAAGUACAAGUGGAGAUUCAAUCUUAUCAUAUCCACAUGCUUUGGCCUUUGAUCAUGAAGGAAAUCUUGUGGUGGCAUGUGGACUACAUGAAGGCACUUUCAUGACCAUCAACUUGAAAGGAAAGAUCUUGAAGAAGAUUACAAGAGGAAUGAAUGAGGAUGGACUUGUCGACAAGAUGGUGGUCGAACCUGUCACUGGAAUUAUCAUGUUCAUUUCAAGAAAAGCAGUUCACACGAUCAAGACAAAUGGAACUCAAAAGAAGGAAUGGAAUCAAUGUGGAAAGAGUGGAGAAAAAGAAUGGACAGGAUUUGAUGCAAGGUUGUGUUUGGCUUUGAAUCCUUUGGAUGGCGAGUUGCUUGUCUCUUGUAAUCCUUGUGAUUACUCUUAUGCCAAUCAAGCUGGAGUUUUUAUUUACAAGUAA